UUAGCGAGAGCCAGAAGCGGGCAGCAGGCCAGGCAGUGAGUUUCGCUGCAACCGCAGGUGGUGUUGCAGAGAGAGAGAGAGAGAGAGGAAAGAGAUGGGAACUAGAGAGGUGUACGAGCAGAAGCUGAGGAACGGAAAUCUCUACCACGAACCCACCAUCAAUCCCGGCCUUGGAUCGCCUCGUUGCCCUCGCUGCCUCUCCCUCAUAAACCCGCAAGCUGGGAAUGGCGAGUGGACCAUCACUCCUGUCCUGCACGACACCACCGCCGUGGCUGGUUCUGGACUAGGUGCACUGCUUAGUGCUGUUCAUGGUUUUAAUACAGGAAUCCCAUUUGUACAGAAUCAUGUUAGAGGACCCAAAUGGCUUCCUUUUGUUGUCGGGCUUCCCCCGCUUUUUCUCUUUUCAGGGGCCAGUGCUGCAUUUGGAGCUUACGCCCUCCCCAAGUUUGCUCAACUCACUGUGACCUCGUACUACGCUGCCUCGAGUGCAUCUCACUAUUGGAUUUCGCUUGUCACUCGGAAAAUUGAGGAAGGUCACAUUUCUCAAACUCGGAAAGGAAAGGUCAAAUGAUUUUGUGCCAGUGCAUACAUAUAAAUUUUUUGUUUUGUCAUUCUCCAAUAUUGUAAUUAUGGAGCUUUAAUUCUAUAGAUGUGUAGAGUUGCUUCAUCUCUUUGUUAUUUAUUUGAAUAGAAAAGGUUGUGUUUGACAGCAACCUGUUUUAUAUAUGGAAUAGCCCAAACCUGAUGAUUCUA